GCGCAUUCAUAAAUCCUCCAUAGGCACGUUUCUUUCGAGAAAAGAAAAGAAUAAUCAGCGAGCUGCUCUCCUUCUUCUCUUGGUCUUGCGCUUGCUCAUAACCAAUGUUAUUGGAUAUGAUCGUCCAUCCUUCCCAAAGCGCUAUGCUACGUCGACUCUCAAUCAAAGCAGCUUCCCUGCAGGUUUCGUCUUCGGAGUGGCCUCUUCUUCAUACAAAGUAAUUUAAAUCCUGUAGCCUCGGAAAGUCAAUCAGUCCAUCGCCUUUGCAGUGGUGUCCCUCUAGAGAUUCUUCUCACAAAGUUUUGCUUUGGCCCUUUCCUUUCAUAUUGUACGAGGGCGCAGCUAAUGAAGAUGGAAGAGGGCCAAGCAUUUGGGACUAUUUCACCCACGCGUAGAUAAAAAAUAGCUGACGGGAGUAACGGAGAUGUUGCCGUUGAUCAAUACCACAAAUAUAAGGAAGAUGUGGGCAUAAUGAAGGACAUGGGCUUAGAUGCUUAUAGAUUUUCAAUCUCAUGGUCCCGAAUAUUACCCAAUGGAAAAUUAAGUGGUGGAGUCAGCCCUGAAGGAAUACAGUAUUCCAAUAACCUUAUCGACGAGCUCCUAGCCAAUGGAAUUCAACCCUACGUGACUUUAUUUCAUUGGGGCCUUCCCCAGACAUUAGAAGUGGAGUAUGGCGGCUUCUUGAGUCCUCGCAUAGUGGGUGAUUAUCGAGAUUUUGCUGAUGUUUGCUUCAAAGAGUUCAGUGAUCGGGUGAAGUACUGGAUAACAUUAAAUGAGCCAUGGACCUACAGCAAUUUUGGCUAUGCCACGGCAACAUCGGCCCCAGGCCGGUGCUCUGCUUGGCAAAAGCUAAACUGCACUGGUAGGGAUUCAGGCACGGAGCCGUACUUAGUAAUGCACCAUCUGCUUCUUGCACAUACAGCAGCUGUUAAACUGUACAAAGAAAAAAUCAAGACAUCUCAAAAGGGAGUAAUCGGGAUUACACUGCUGUCUCAUUGGUUUGAGCCUUACUCUAAUUCGGUAAAAGAUCGUAGUGCUGCGUUACGAGCAUUGGAUUUCAUGCUCGGCUGGUUCUUGGACCCGCUAAUAUAUGGCGACUACCCAUAUAGUAUGCACUCUCUUGUAGCGAGUAGGCUUCCAAAAUUCUCACAAGAACAGUCCGCAAUUGUGAAGGGGUCAUUUGAUUUCAUCGGAAUGAACUACUACACUGCUAAUUAUGCACAAGAUGCACCUCAGCUUGGAAAUACUAAUCUAAGCUACCCAACCGAUUCUCUGGCCCAUCUUUCGGGAGUCGAUGAGUUCAACAACUCUACAUUACCACUCAAGCAACAACUAUAUGAUCUCAUGAGGAUAGACUAUUAUUAUAGCCAUCUCGCCUACCUUCUGAGAGCAAUCAAGGAUGGCGCCAAUGUAAAGGGUUACUUUGCAUGGUCGUUGCUGGACAACUUCGAAUGGGGCAACGGUUAUGCAGUUCGAUUCGGCAUCAACUAUGUAGAUUACCUGGAUGGACUUAAAAGAUAUCCGAAGUACUCAGCCUUUUGGUUCAAGAGUUUUCUCAAAAAGAAGUAGCAUGUGGAAGUAUCAUGUGUCCAUUAAUAAGAAUUACUACGAUGUACUACUCUAUAUAAAAAAAACAUUAAUAAAGAAAACUUCGAUGAAAAAGUAGGUAUAGCGCAAUGCCGCAAGCCUUCUCCUGAUACCAAGAGUUUCAAGUUCGAUACUCGUAUGUAGUGGGAAUUACUUGUGCCCCUUAUUAGCUAUUAAAAUUUUUAUUUUUCUUAUACUAGGUUCAUGAACUUCCUUUAAAAAAAAAUUACGAUGUACUUAUUAUAAAUGUGCA